CCACUUCUUCGCUUCCCUUCCAGAAAAUGAUUCUCCGCCUCCCCUCGCCUUCUCUCCCCUCCUCCUUCCUUUCCCCUUCCGCACCAAACCCCCCCCGGCGGUUCUCUUCAUCCUCCUUCCCCCGCCCCCGCCAUCGUCUCUCCAUUCUGCGAUGCGCCGCCGGAAACGACGUCGUCGAACUCGACGCCUUCACCAAGAAGUCGGGCUACCUCUUCGAGCUCAGCGCCCCCGAGGCCAACUCCAUAGCCGACUACGAUAUCUCCAAAAUCGGCGCCAUUUACCGGCGGAAGCCUCUGAUUCUUCUCCGCCGACUCUCUCAGAUUGCCUUCACUUUCGGCAAGUGGUUCGCGGUUCGCUACAUUGAUAACCUGACGGAGCGCUCUGACCGAAUGUUCGAGCUUAGAGCUGCCGAGCUUCGGAAUAUUCUGGUAGAACUCGGACCGGCAUAUGUCAAAAUUGCUCAGGCCAUCUCAUCUCGACCAGACUUGAUACCACCAUCAUACUUGGAUGAGCUCUCACUGUUGCAAGAUCGAAUAUCUCCAUUUUUUACGGAAGUUGCUAUAAACACAAUAGAACAAGAACUUGGUUUACCGAUAGAAGUGCUUUUCUCAGAGAUCUCACCGGAACCUGUAGCUUCUGCUUCCCUUGGACAGGUUUAUCAAGCCAGGCUUCGCCGUACGGGACAGCUUGUUGCAGUAAAGGUGCAAAGGCCAGGAGUACAAGCUGCUAUUUCCUUAGACAUAUUGAUCUUGCGUUUUCUAGCUGGUCUACUUAGGAGAAUAAGAAAAUUAAACACUGAUCUUCAGGCAGUUGUUGAUGAAUGGGCAUCAAGUCUUUUUCGGGAGAUGGACUACAGAACUGAAGCAAAUAAUGGUAUCAGAUUCAGACAGCUAUACGGUGGUAUACCCGAUGUUUUGGUUCCGGAAAUGUAUCUGGAUUACACAACUCGCAGGGUUCUUGUGAUGGAAUGGGUGGAGGGGCAGAAGCUGUCAGAAGUGAAUGAUCUUUACUUGGUUGAGGUAGGGACGUACUGCUCAUUCAAUCAACUUCUGGAAUGUGGAUUCUACCAUGCAGAUCCACACCCUGGAAAUCUUCUUCGUACAUAUGAUGGGAAACUUGCUUAUUUAGAUUUUGGUAUGAUGGGUGAAUUUAAUCAAGAACUCCGCAUUGGAUUUAUUGAAGCUUCUCUCCAUCUUGUAAACCGUGAUUUUGGUGCAUUGGCUAAGGACUUUGUUACUCUUGGAUUUAUUCCACCAACUGCAGACAAGGAAGCUGUUACAAAGGCUUUAACAGGUGUCUUUCAGAAUGCUGUUGCCAAAGGGGUGCGCAAUAUUAGCUUUGGAGACCUAUUGGGAGAUUUAGGAGCCACCAUGUACAAGUUCAAAUUUCGUAUACCUUCUUAUUUUUCUCUUGUCAUUCGAAGCCUUGCCGUAUUGGAAGGUGUUGCCAUUGGCUUCAACCCAGAUUACAAAGUUUUAGGUAGCACAUACCCAUGGAUUGCUCGAAAAGUAUUAACAGACAGCUCAAUAGAGCUCAAGUCCUCCCUGCAGGCCCUUCUUUAUGAGGAUGGCGUUUUCAAUAUCGACCGUCUAGAGUCUUUACUUUCUGAGGCUCUCCGUGCUAGAACAGAGAAGGUCAUGUCAAGAAAGCAAGAAGAUGAUGCUAAUUCUAGGGUAGUUGUCAAACAAGUCCUUUCUUUUAUGUUGGCAGAGAAGGGUGCAUUUGUGAGGGACCUACUUCUUCAAGAAUUUGUUAAGGGAUUGGACGCACUUGGGCUGGCAACCUUGGAUUCUAUUAUGACAAGUAUACCUUUCGCUGCUACCUUGUCCAUCUCAACAAUGACCAAUGAAGACAAAAUCAACUUAAGAACACUCCGUCGCCUUCUGCGAUUGCUGUCAGGGUUGCAAAGAAAUGAAAACUCCAAACCAUUCAUCAGAGACGAUACCCCAUACAAGAAUCAGCAAACGAACUCGGAUGAAGCAGCAUUAGUUUUCAACCAACUUGCAUCCGUUCAAGAAAUUCUACCUCUCCUUUCUGUUCUUCCUGAGCUCCCACCAGAAUCACAACAGCAGUUACUUAAUCUCCCGGCUGAUCUUACAGGACGAUUAAUUUCCCGUGCUGCUGCAAGGACAAUCCGAAGGAUUGUUUUAUGAUUUCUAAAUGCAUUUUCCACAGCAAGCAAAGUCGCUAGCUUAUUCGUCAUGUGAUCUGUACAGAAAUUCGAAAGCGCACGAUAGAACUGUGACAAGCAGGAACUCAGAGGGUUCCAGUACCUGAGAAACUAUUUUGAGCUCUUUUUUUCCUGGAUUUUAUGGGCUGCAUUUGUUCAUAAGAAAAUUACAUAGGUGCGGACAAGUUGUGCAAAGGUUCGAAGUGAGGUCUCAAAACAAUGUUUAGACCUCCUUAUGAAUUUAAAUAAUUAAAGCUAGAGCUAAACCUAAAAUUUCUCUCA